AUGUCUGUGACCCUGCAUGUGAGUCUUAUCAGCGGACGAACGGCUUCCUUGGAAACGCGACUGGAUGCUUCUAUUUCUGAUUUGAAGCAACGUGCGCAGAGUGCCCUCGCGGUCGACAGAGGAAAGCUGCUCAGCCCGCAGGGUAUCGUAUUGCCCGGAGCCGCGACUGUUAAAGACAGUGGUCUGUGUGAAGGUGAUUUGCUGACAUUUCAUGUUGGGCAGGUUCGAAUAUCCGCCUGCAGCUCGGCUGCCGCGGCCAUCCUGGAGGAUGGUUCGGUCAUAACUUGGGGUGACGCUGAGUUUGGCGCUGAUAGCAGCGCGGUUUGUAGCCAGCUGGAGAACGUAGUAAGCAUCCAAGCUGCCAGUGAUGCGUUUGCUGCGAUCCUUGUGGACGGAUCUGUUGUUUCAUGGGGCGAUGAGGACGGUGGGGGCGACUGCAGUUCCGUGGAGCAUCAACUGAAGAACGUGCGGCAGAUCCAAGCCUCCCUCAACGCAUUUGCUGCAAUUCUGGAUGACGGCUCUGUGGUGACUUGGGGCAACCCUGAAUUUGGCGGUGACAGUCGUCAUGUGCAGGAUCAGCUGCAGAAUGUAUCCAAAGUGCAGGCAAACGAGAGAGCCUUCGCCGCAAUCGUGGGCGAUGGUUCUGUGGUGACCUGGGGGGAUGUUGACUAUGGAGGCAGCACCGAAGGUUCUGUGAAGAUUCAGUUGCAUAGUGUUCAAGACAUCCAGGCUUCUGAGAGCGCUUUUGCUGCGAUUCUCGACGAUGGAACGGUGGCGACAUGGGGUGAUCUAUGGCACGGAGGCGAUUGCAGUUUCGUUCAGGAGCAGCUGCACAGAGUGCAGCGAAUUCAGGCUUGUGGUUCUGCCUUUGCUGCCAUUCUGGAUGACGGAUCCGUCGUCACUUGGGGCGACGAGGAGAAUGGAGCAGAUAGUAGCACUGUUCAACGCCUGUUGCAGGACGUGCAAGAGAUCCAGGCUUCGCAUACAGCCUUUGCUGCGAUCCUCGGCGACAGGUCAGUUGUGACAUGGGGUUCCCGUGAUCGUGGCGGUGACUGCUCCGCCGUCCAAGAUCAGCUUCAUGACGUGCAGUGCAUUCAAACCACGGGCCAUGCCUUUGCUGCUCUUCGUGUCGAUGCGUCUGUGGUAACGUGGGGCAAUGCUGAAAAAGGUGGCGACAGCAGUGCUGCACAAGAUCAACUCACCAACGUGCAGCACAUCCAAGCUUCAGAAGGGGCUUUUGCUGCGACCCUGGAUGAUGGAUCCGUGGUUGCUUGGGGCCAUUCAGAUUACGGAGGCGACGACUCAGAGCUCUACGACUUGCAGGACGUGGAGCAACUCCAAGCGUGCGAACGAGGAUUCGCUGCUAUCCGGGGCGACGGAUGUAUUGUCACUUGGGGCGACCCCGCUUGCGGCAGACCGGAAUAA